GAAUUCACCCCACAGUCACGUCUGCGAGGCUAUGGCUGUAGCCUCUUCCUGCAGCGCCAGGCUCCGCCCGGCCUCAAAGCCGAGUUAAGUUCUCUGUGCACUGCGGUUGUGGGGAAACAAGCCCCUCACGGCGGUUUUAAGCUCUUCCCCGCCACAGAAGAUGCACUUUCUCUAUUUCUCUAAGGCAGGAAGUCAUUAUGUGACUAACAUAUUUUCAUCAGAUUUCCUCUGAUUUGCCCUGAAGUGCAUGUGAGAAUGAUGUGCACUGCCAAGAAAUGUGGAAUUAGGUUCCAGCCUCCAGCUAUUAUUUUAAUCUAUGAGAAUGAAAUGAAGGGAAAACGUCGCCAACGCAUCAUGCCAGUCCGAAACUUUUCAAAGUUUUCAGAUUGCAGCAGAGCUGCUGAACAAUUAAAGAAUAAUCCGCGACACAAGAUUUACCUGGAACAAGUGUCCCUGAGGCAGCUAGAGAAGUUAUUCAGUUUUUUACGAGGUUACUUGUUGGGGCAGAGUUUGGCAGAAACAAUGGAACAAAUUCAACGGGAAACAACAAUUGAUCCUGAGGAAGACCUGAACAAACUAGAUGAUAAGGAGCUUGCUAAGAGAAAGAGCAUCAUGGAUGAACUUUUUGAGAAGAAUCAGAAGAAGAAGGAUGAUCCAGAUUUCGUUUAUGACAUUGAAGUUGAAUUCCCACAGGAUGAACAGUUGCAGUCUUGCGGCUGGGACACAGAAUCAGCUGAUGAGUUCUGAUACCAAAAACUCAAAGAAUUAAUUGAGCUAGCAGAAACUGCAUGUUUAUACAAAGGAUGUAUAAACAUGGUUCUAGAAAAUCUGUAAAGAACACUAAAUGUACAUGUUGGGUCAAGUUUGGAUUGACCAUGUCACUUUUCAAAACCAGGACAUGUAUCUACUGUGUAGAUUCAUGAGGAAUAUACAAAAACCAGAAUAUAGGAAUCUGCCUUUAAGGAGCUCACAAUCUAAUUGGAAGAUAACUCAGAAACUUGUGAAAAACUAAUUAACAGAAUUAGGCAACAAAAAGAUUAGAGUCAGAUGCUUGAUAAAAGUUAAAGGGGGUUAGAGCCUAGAUGAUGUUAGGGUUAGAAUAGUCAGGGAAGACUGUGUCCUUUAGUAGAGAGAUGGGACUUUGUCUGGUCCUCAAAAUGGUAGUGUUUGGAUAGAAGUUUUUAAGAUUCCAGAUGAGAGAAGCUGGGAGAAAAAAGGGGCUUUGGGGAGGGUAGUGGUAAAGAGAUAGGGACUAGAACAUUUUAUUUGAGGAACAGUAAGCAAAUUAUAGUUUGGUAAGAUUGGAGGGUAUUUAUUGUUACCAGGGAAUUACCCUGUGUGCAUUAUGUUUUUAUAUGUAUUGGACUCUGGAGUAGGAGACCAGCCCUACAGAAUGCCCUGCUGCUGCAAGAGGGGGUCAUCUAAUAGACAGUAGGGGAAUUCUGCCACUCCAGGAUCAGGAAACCUGUACUAAAGAUAUUCUGAAAUCCUGAAGGUCUUCCCAUAACUGAUGUGGUUUGUUUGUAACAUGGGAAAUCUAGCCAUAAUGAAUAAAUAGGCAUUGCCAGUUUAGGCCUAUUCAUGUGUUUGGAUCUACAAAGAGAAGAUCUUUGUUGAACCAGGUUAUAUGUGUACAGAUACAUCUUUCUUCUCAUUAGAAUAUUGUUUAAUUGGCAGAUAUUCCAUGUUUUCUGCAAGGAGAUUAAUACUCAUUAAAUAAAGCUGUAAAAAUUACUCACUCUUUCCACCUAUUCAUCUCCACUGUCUUUACCAGUAAAAGCCCCAUGAAAGGGGUCACUCUUAUAGUGGUAUCACAAGGGGCUUAAGAUGGUCAGGCAUCAUAUGUAUAUUUGCCAAAGGUAGCCAAAAAAUUUCAGAAUCAGAGACCUCCUAUAUCUACACAGUAUUCCAUGGUACAGAUGUAGAUGAUAUAUUUUAAAAGUUGACCUUAGGUUGUUUUUCCUUUCACUAUUACAAGCAACGCCACAGCAAAUAACCUUGUACAUUCUCUGUUCUGUGUACUUGUAAAACUAUAAGUAAUGCCUAGAAGGGAAUUGUUGGGUAUGUCUGUUCCAAAUUUUAAUAGAUAAUUGCUAACUUGUCCUUCAAAGAAGUUCAUUCAUUCAUCCAUCCAUUCAGUAUGUGUACUUAAUGAACACAUAUUACAUGCUGAGCUGUAUUAUUCUGGAGUCUGAGUACGUAGCAGUAUACACAACAAAGUCCUUGCCUUUACAAGGUUUACAAUCAAGUGGCAGAAGAGAGACAUUAAACAUAAAUACAUAGAAUAAUGUCACAUAUGUGCUUGAAAUUAAAAACAUGGUAAAUAGACAAUGAUCGAGGGGUUGGGAGCCAUUUUUUUUGACAGCGAUCAGAGAAUGCCUCACUGUAGAGGUGGGACAUUUGAGUAAAGACCUGAAGGAGGUUAAGGAAGAAAUGAUGUGCAUUUCAUGAGUUGUAGAGAAAGGUAGGUGUGUGGGCCCCCAGAGCUGGAAUGUGCUUGGCUUACCAAGGAAGAACAAGGACACAGAUAUGGCUAAUACAGACUGAGGAGGAGAAUAAUGAUAGGAGAUGAGGUUGGAAUGUUCUUACCAAUGCAUAGUACUUCCAUGAAGGCUGUACCAACUUAAACUGUUGGCAGUACAUGAAAGUACCCAUUUCCCCACAUGUGCAUUAACAGAUAGUGUUCUCAAAUUUGUUGAUCUUUCCAAUUUUAUAAUCUAAAAACGGCACCUCAUGGUUUUAAUUUCUAUGUCUUUUAUUAUGAGUGAGAUUGAGCAUUUUCAUACACUUAAGGAUAAUUUUUUUAUGACAACAUGUCAUUUGCUCAUUCUUCUGUUGUGUUACUGGUCUUUUUCUUACUGAUUAGUAAAAAGUUCUUUAUUGGGGCACCCCGGUGGUGCAGUCAGUUAAGCGUCUGCAUUCAGCGCUGGUCAUAAUCCCAAGGUCCUGAGAUUGAGCCCCGCAUUGGGCUCCCUGCUCAGCAGGGAGUCUCCUUCUCCCUCUCCCUCUGCCUGCCACUCCCCCUGCUUGUGCUCUCACUGUCAAGUAAAUAAAUUCUUUAAAAAAAAAAGUUCUUUAUUAAGGAAAAUAGCCCUUGGUCUGUGAUAUGAGAUGCAGAUACUUUACCUUUGUCAUUUGUGUUUUGACUUUGUUUAUGAUAUUGUUUCCAGGCAGAUUUUUUUCAAGUCAAAUUGAUCAAUGUUUUUCUCUGUGUUUCUGCAUUUUUGUCAUACUGAGAGAGGCAUUCCUCACUCCUAAGUUUUUUUUUUUUAAUUCCAUGGUAUUUUCUACAUAGAAGUUUAUUUUGGUAUAAGAUA